UUGGCAAAGCCAACCUCUUCCUCCCAACAUCCUAGGGAAGGUUCGGGGACCAAGGCACAUGACCGAAAUCAAGAGGUUGGGUUCUGCCCCUGUGCCCUUCAAGCACAGAAAAAAGGCACUGGUCCGUCCGAGACAGAAGUCGUCAUUUUUAUGUUUAGAGGUCCUUUUGCAAGGUACCGAAGUCAUUCGAUCGGGGAGAAAACACACACGAUUCAUAUAUAGAUGAAUAGUAUCAGUGGAGUCGAGACCAAGGAGAAGUAAGCAGUCAUAACUGCAAAAAUCACAGCGGAUCGAUAGGAUAGGAUUGGCGAAAGAGUCUUGCAACAGUCUGUACAGACCCCUUUACAGGGAAGCCAGCUGUUCCCAGAAAAAGCCCUCGACCUCCGUCCAAAGAAACCCCCGCGCGCCCUCACCUUCCUCGAUCUUUUAAACCCUAGCCCCACCCGACGGUUGUUCGUUCUCCGGCUAAGAUUUCGGCGAGGCAUCCGUGGUCUUCGGCCGAUUCCCUCUCCGGCGACUCCCUCUCCGGCGACGAAGAGCGUCCAAGAUUCAUCGGAUGGAUCAUCCUCCUAAAGCGGCGGUGGCGGCUGCUCCCACGACCACCAAUGACAACAGUUCAAGUUCAGGUUUAGGUUCGGCAGCCCCUAAGGUGCAGGCCCUGCAUCUCUCCUGUACCAAAUGUUUCGAUGCUCUCUGGUUCUGCUACUCUCCAUUUCACCAGAUGCAGCAAUACUAUAGAUAUGGAGAAUUUGACGGUUGCUUUGGGAAGUGGAAUGCUCUCUUUGACUGUUUGAGCCUCAAAACAAAAAAGUCGUCAGAAGUCCAGGUUUUGCUCGUGGUUCACGUCGACACAACUCUCAGCUCUCCGGUUCGAUUCAUUGCCGACCUCACCUCCGGAGCCUUCCAACAAUAAUUUCAUUAAGAAAAAAGUAAGUUGGCUUUUAGGUACUCUUCUCUCUAUAUAUUUUGAAUUCAAAUGUUAUUAUAAUUUUUUUUAAGAUGUUAACGGAUAGUGUUGUUUAAGUCUCUUGCAUUGAUAAAAGAGACCUAGGUCUGAUUACGCCC